CGCACCAGCAGACGAUGAACUUUCGCUACUCCUUCUACAGCUCUCAGUUUGGCGCCAAAGUUUCAUCUGCUUUCUGGGUUUGUUAAUAUUAGGGUUUCUUUUGAUUUGGGCGUUCGGUUUCUGGUUCCAGACCUCCAGUACAGCAAUGGCUUCUUCACCUCCUUCAAAACGCAGGCGUAAAAAUCUCACUGCUUUUGACGAUGCCUUCGAGACCUUACUCGCAACAUCUUCCUCCGUUAAUAGAUUAUCCCCUGUGGUCGUUUUUGCUCACGGUGCAGGUGCUCCUUCCUCCUCUGAAUGGAUGAUCAGAUGGAAAGAGAUGUUAGGCAGGGCACUGCAUGCUGUUGAAGUAGUCACCUUUGACUAUCCAUACAUUUCUGGUGGAAGGAAAUCUCCUCCCAAGGCAGAAAAAUUGGUUCCAUAUCAUGCAGAAAUUGUCAAAAGAACGAUUGCAAAGUACCCUGGGCACCCUUUGAUUUUGGCUGGUAAAUCGAUGGGUUCGAGAGUAAGUUGCAUGGUAGCUUGUGAGGAAGGCAUUCAUGCUUCUGCAAUAAUUUGCUUGGGGUAUCCCUUGAAGGGAUUGAAAGGGGACGUGCGAGACCUAACGCUAUUUCAAGUUACCGUCCCUAUCAUGUUUGUACAGGGUAGCAAGGAUGCUCUGUGUCCAUUAGAGAAGCUGGAGGAUAUUCGGAAGAGGAUGAAAUCAAUCAGUGGGUUACAUGUGAUUGAUGGUGGCGACCAUUCUUUCCAGAUUUCAAAGAAGUACCUUCAAGGUAAGGGUUCGAGUAAAGACGAAGCCGAAGGCCUUGCAUCUCAGGCCAUUGCAACUUUUGUUUCCGGGUUUCUUGGAUGGAUUUAGCCUAAGCUUGUUUUGUUGUACAAAUGCGUCGUUCCUUGGACGUUUAGUUGUAAUAUAGACAGUUGUAAUGUGAUGGCUCGUUUUGAUGUCUCUCUUUUUCUCUUUCUUUUGUCCAAUAGAGGAGAGUUGGGGACUCAUUUUUCCCUUGUACUAUUUUGUUUAAUCUCUAUUAAGUAAUCAAAGGGUUCAAUUUGAUUA